CACAGAUCUUCUCUAAAAUCACGAAGAGUACCACGUGGGGUUUGAUAGUAUAAAGACCCGCACUGUUCUACCUCGAGUUGUCAGUCUCCUCGAAGUCAAAGAUCUGUGAGCAACAACAGCAAAACGAAGAAAAAGCAGUCAACAUGUUCACCAAACUUUUUCUUCUCGCCAUGAUCGUGUGCCUGGCUGUUGCAGCCAGCGACUUUGACGGGUGUCUCUUCGAUGGCAGAGUGUACCAAGCCGGUGACGUCAUCACGAUCCCCAAAUGCCUGGCUCAGAUGACCUGUCUCGGACAAAACAAUUAUGGAGACAUGAAGCAACUUUACAUGAGAUGUCUCUUCGAUGGCAGAGUGUACCAAGCCGGUGACGUCAUCACGAUCCCCAACUGCCUGGCUCAGAUGACCUGUCUCGGACAAAACAAUUAUGGAGACCUGAAACAACUUUAUGGCAUCUGCCCCUGAACUGUGUAACCAAGGCCGAGAAGUACCGCUGGAAGCUACAGUGAGCAUGUAGCACAUCUCUGUGAUAGUAUAGGCUGAAAUAUAGAGGCUUCUACCUGGGUUUUUCUAAGUCGAAUAAAUUCUUGUUUGAU